AAUUCAUUUCCUGUUCUGAAUACGUUUAUAGAUAGUAAUAGUUCCAAUCAUCUGUUAAGAAAUAUUUUGUUCCUGUCGCCCGUAUGAGAUAAAAUACACAAUAUGGAUGGUACCGAUCAUAUGAAAACCCUUCAUGUGGGCUGCAGUGGGCGGCCACAUACGCUAGAUCUUAUGACGCGAUGUAGGAAAAACGAAUUCGAUGUAAAAUAACUCCCGAGAAAGAACGCAACUCCUCUGUGAGGCUGCCACGUGUAAAUCAACCAGUGGUCCCCAACCCCGUUCCUUUUUCAAAAAUAAAGAACGAGAGAGAAACUUUGAUACUCCGGAAAACCGUGAUAGAUGACACACAUGCACUUAGAAAUUGCAUACAAGGGAUGCAAGUAAGUUAAAUUAAUCAGUAAAAAUUAUGGUUCCCAGAUUAGAUGCAUCAUCAACCAAAGACAGAAUCAUUUGGUUAUCCGGAAGCUAUCAGAUUCGUGGACAUUAUUUAACGGUUGAAAAUGAAAAAAAAUCCAAUGGUCUAUAUUCUAAAAAACACGUAUCAAGUAAUCAAAGGUUAGGAUAUCUAAAACAAAUCUGAUUUUUGGUUUAUCUAAAAUGUUUUAAACAAUUUAGUCGGUUGAAUUUGAGUUAUUAUAAGCUACGUAUUCAAAUUCUCAGUGCCUGCGUAUCAAGCCUCAUACGCUGCCGAAGUAUAUGUUACUUCCAAAAGAAAAAGGUCAGAAACUCUCUAACGGCUCAUUCCCUUUCCUCCUUUUUUUAAAAAAUCCCGACCAAACGCCUCUUCCCUCCCAUCCAAAUAUCGAAGAGAAAUCCCAAACUCUCUCCUCUCUCUCUCUCUCUCUCUCUCUCUCUCUCUCUCUCUCUCUAACCCUCCAUUCAAAGAGAGGGUUUGGUCUCUGUCCCAUCCGUUUGUACGGUUGAGAUCCUCUUUAUCCCCCGCUCUCUGUCCUAUCCAUUUCUAGGGUUGAGAUCCUCUGCUUCCUCCGUCGCUAGAGUUUUCAAUAUUUCGAUAUCUUGAAGAAAACGGAGAAUCUGCAUUUCUAGGGUUUCUUCCUUCCUUCACGAGAUGGAUCUCCCUUCCAAUCUUGAUUUAUACAUCCACGAAUCCAUCCAACAUUCUGUCGGCCUGCCUGUCUCCUCGAAGACCUUGGAACUGAAGCUUCUUGCCUCCGAAGAUUCACGUCACCGACUCCAAGACCGGAUCUUCCUGCUUCAAGAUCACUUGAAGGAGAAAGAUGAAAGAAUCGAGCGAUCUAGGGCGGAAGCGAGUUUGAAUGCACAAGCAUUGAGGAAAUACAUCGAAGAGAAUCAGAGAUUGGCGGCAGAGUGCACUGAAUUGCUGAGUCAGUGCGCGAAAGGGGAGAGGGAGUGCUCGCUGUAUGAGCGUGACAGAGAGGCAUUGAUGGAGUUUGGGAACGACGCAGAUGAAAGGGCGAAGUUGGCUGAGAUCCAUGCUCUGGAGGCAGAGGAGAACUCAAGGAGGCUUGCAGAGGAAUUAGAGAACUAUAAACAUGAAUGCCAGAUGCUCCUGUCCAAUGAAGCAAAGGCAAUUGAGGAGUUAUGCACACUGAGGCAACGGAUUGGUGAACUUGAACAUGAAAGUUCGCAAGGAAGUGGUCUUGCUUGUAGCCAGUGUUCUUCAGUGAAGAAGGAAAAUCAGGAAUUGCGGUCGCAGUUGUUAGCUACUGCUCCUGGUGAUUCAUCCGGAGUCAACACAACUUCGGAAGGCCAUUUACUUGACUUGGUGAUAUCUUCAAUGCUUGUUAAAGCUGAUGCCACAAGACAGAUAAAUGUUGAAGUUGCGGCAAAUGCACGUUCUUUCUUAGAGGCACAUACAGGAAUAGAAGCAUGCCAAGGAUUGCUUAAACUGUGGGACAUCUUAAGUCCAUCAACUAAAAAUAUUCUGGCGUUGGCUGCUGAAGCUGAAUCACUGCAAAAAGAUAAGGAGCAUUUAAGGAUUAACCUUCACAGAGCGGAAGAGGAAGUGAAAGUGUUGUUCGAAGAAAAUAAUAUGUUGGAUGAGGAGAACAAGAGGUUGUUGAGACAGGUUCACCGAGAAAGACACCAUCAAGGAUCUGAUGGCAAGCAUACCUCAAGUGUUUCUGCCAAAGGGAAAAGAAAAUCAAGUCCAAAGACGACUGGUUCAAUCAUGGGGAAAGUGAUUGAUUUUAAUGGACCAGAUUCACCGAGACAGCCUCUGUCACCUCUGCAGCACAAUUCACCUGAUUCCAAGAUGCAUAGGAAGACGUAAGGACUCUGUAGCACGGUUCUCCUGUAAGGAAAAAAUCCAUCACAGAAGCAUCUUCGACACUCUUGUUUUGCCUGUAUUUGGGAUGUUGUUACUGCUCUGUAGCCAAGUGAAUGAUGAUUCUCCGUUCCUUUCUAUUCACUAUAAACUUCAUUUGUUAAUUCAAGGCUUGGAUGCAGUGUUGAAUUGAA